AUGGCCCCUGUCCGAGCCUCGUCGCCCUCCCCCUCUAUCCCAGCGACGCCGGCUAUCUCCUCCUGUCCGUCACCAGAUCGUACAUUUUCGACCAUUUCCUCUCUGUCGACUUCUUCCGCCACUUCGGCCGAUGCCAGGUCUUCCGUCUCUAUCUCAUCCAAGCGACGAGGAUACAUUCGCCCUCAGGGGGUUGAGUUUGCGGAGUCCGCCAAGAACCGGGAGAGCGUCAUGAGCCUGGGUAGCAUCGCUCAUCUGCAAUACUACUUUGCACGAACUGGUCUAUUGGACGGCAAAGGUGCCCAGGCUCGGGAAUUCAAAAAGAAGAAGAAGCCAGAGGAUAUGCCGCGACUCCUCUUGACCCCCAAUGCUCGGUUUAUCGAUGACUUGACUACCAGUCCCACGAGUGCCAGUCCCACCGAUGACGAAAGUGAAAGUAUAGAUCCCAGGGAGGAGGUGUAUGACGAGGAGGUUGAAGUCAUGCUGCCUCCUACGGUCAGCACUUACAGUAUCAAAACGCACCACAUCCCGCCGCCACCUAAACUCAAGGCUCUGCGGAAGGAUCUGCGGGACGCGUUGGAGAAAGCCGAACACAGUAUCGAAUCGAUGGAUGCUCAAAGGGACCCGCCGGCGGAGAUGAUCCCCCCGCGGAUUAGUCUUUCGAGUGACGAUACGCCCGAUACUGCAGAAGACCCCUCGCGUCAGGAGCCUGCAGAAGCAACCCCGCAGACCUGGCAAGAGAUCCAGGGCAUGCGGGUUCUGGACACUGUCACUUUUGCGAUCCGAGCCGCUAAGAUCUACUACACUGCGCAUGAACGGCCCGAUCGACUGGCAAAGAUCAAAAGCGAGCGCGAAAUCCGACAAGAGCUGUUCAAUGUGCUGGAGGUCCUGAAGCGGUGGGCCUCCCGAAACUUUGCGGAUGGCCUUCGCGAGGAUGAGCGAUCUGGCAUUGUCGGAUGGAUGGCCAAUGUACGUGACAUGUUGGCCCGGGAAGCUCAACUGGAAUCAUUCGAAGCCAAAGAACGAGCCGCUUGGAUCUGGACCGAGGGUGAGUGGAUCGGUAAGGAGCGGGAACGCGAGACUUUGUUCCUGCGUAGUCUGAUCGGCUCCGACGCGCAGCUGCCGACAUGGACUGCGCCGGAGGAUGGCUCACCGCCACCCGCCAUGCUGGAACGGCUGCGCGAUGGACGCGACCUGGUGCGCGCCCAUAACUUUGCCGUCAAGAACUCGAAGCGGCCGUUUCUUGACAUCAAAACGUACCAUCAGGACGUGGCCAAGCCCUACCGGCGUGCCGAAAACCUUCGUUUCUGGGUGAAGGCGGCAGAGCUCCGGUGGGAAACCAAGCUGGAGCUGGAUGUGAUGGGGAUCGUGCAUGGCAACAGUGAAGAGGCCUGGAAACAGUUCGACCAGGCUCUUCUGGCCUGGUGCAAAGUGGUGCGCGAGGAGCUCGUGCGAGACUGGCGCGAGAGGCGAGCUUCAGCAGCGAGCCUUCCACCCGACGAUCUGGUGUCCCUGGGAUCCUACAGGCCAGCGCCCAUCCCCUCGUGGAUCGCAUCCAUGCGUGCCAUGUCCACCGCGUCAACGGCUACCACUGCGACCACCCACCCCCCGGAUGCCGGGGCCAACCUGUCCACGUCGCAGUUCUUCUCCCCUCCUCCUCCUCCUCCACCCGCCCUGUCUAUCUCCCAUGCCGACCAGUCAAGACCGCGACGAAUCAAGUCCAAGUCGUCCCUACGAAGCCUCCGCAGCUUGGGCAGUAGCAGUGAACCCGACGAUAACCAACAACAACACGACCUCGGUUUCGACAAGACUCUUGUCCGCCCGUCAAUUCUCCGUCGCUUGUCCCCCGGCCUGGCUGCCCGCGUCAAGCUACUAGACGGUAGUAACAAACACAACAGUCCCUCUCGCAACCCCGGCGCCGUCGGUCGGAUUCCCGAGGAACAAAUCAAAGAACUCGACAAAUCGCAUCAGGAUUUAUCCAAAUCCAUCAAGAUCGAAAAGAAGGGUCGCUCAUGGAAUGCUCUGCCUCGGUUACACAAGGAUAAGAAAUCUCACGAAAGUGAAUCCGGUCAUUUAGAGGAGUUGGAGGAGGUACCGACACCCGACUCGGAUCGUCCCCUGGAUCUACCUUCGGAUCAAGAGCUGGAAGAGGCCCCGCUCCCAGACGAGGUUGAAGAGGCUGAGGAAGAGGCAGUGAAGGUUGAGGCUGUUGGGGAAGAGGUUAUUGAGGAAGACGCUGUUGCAGAGCAAGGCGUUGCAGAAGAAGUUGUUGCGGAAGACGCUGUUGGGGUAGAGGCUACUCUGGAAGAGCCCCAAACCGACAUGCCAGCUCCCGAAUAUGACGUCCCCGAGCAGACAGAUUUCGAAAAAUACAUACAGAGCACCAAUGAUGACGAUUCGAAUCCACCCCCGCCGCCGCCCAAAGACUCCCCACGUCCACGAUCGACCACUUCCUUAAGCUCACAAUCCUACUUCAACCCCCAAGGGUUGCAGCGCACCGAGUCCAUCUACUCGUUUUCGCGCGCCUCGUUUAGCAAUCAACUCUCCCAGCUCACAUCUAUCCCCCUUCCGCAACCGUCGUCGCUCGAGGCUAGUAUCUCAUCCAUUGCAACCGCCCCUGCGGCGAUAUGGGUUAAGAAGGCAUCGGAUGUGCUAGGGGGACUGGAUGCGGAGGAUGACGGGGUGGACAAAGCGAUUAUCCGGGCGAUCGAGGAAGUGCAGCUGCGCGAGGAUAUUGGCGACGUUAGCACCGAUAGCCUUCAGACGAUUGUCAAUCGACUUCGGGGGGUUAAAGGACAAGUUGAGCUGGCAAUGGAGUGGGAAGAGCUGUGGGGAAAUGUCUUGGGCGAUGUGACGGUGGAGGUGGAGAAAAAACGGCACUGGACGCUGGCAGGCGAGCAGGACUCUAGCGCCUCCGGGCUCGACAUCAAUGAGCUGGAGACUAUCGUGGAAGAGACCCCGUCGCAGGCGCAACUGCUGUCCAGCAAACGGCUCAGCAUAGACCCCAUACUUACCGGACCCCCUACGAUGGAUAUGCCUGUCAUUCAGACGCCACAUGACGAUACAAAUCACUCGAACCUCAUUGCGCUGUUCGCGCGAAUACAACCGUUGCGAGCGUCGCUUGAUUUCUUGCCGAUGAGAAUCGCUUGUGAGGAGCUCGAGGAGCGGCGGGGCCAUCUCGAACAAAGCUUCCAAAAGCUGGAGCAUGAUGCAGAUGCGCUGCAGAAGGAGCUCAACGAAGACCGGUGGAUCCUCGUGUUCCGUAACGCGGGCGGACAGGCGCAGAAAAUGUUUGACUCGGCUAUCGAGACAUGCGCCCAUUUGCAUGAUGCAACGUUGUUUACGAAACGUAUCGAAAGCUAUGAGGCUAAAAAGCAGCACUAUGUCGCGGCAAUUGAACGAGUAGUGUCGAUUAUUCGCAAGGAGAUUCUGCGACUGCUGUCGGACAUGACCUCGAGGGUCGACGCUUUGAAGGCGAGUGUCCGGGUGAUGGAUGAGUGGCUGGAGGACAUUAACUUUGUCCGAUCACAGCAUCUCCGGGACUCGAUCUCGAGUAUCAUGACGAUGGACAGUCCUCUGACCGGCAGUGUCGCCGAUACUCCGGGAAGCUCCCCGGCAUCAUCAGUGGUGAUGACGCCUGCCAACCCCCUUAAGGGCUCUGCCACGCCUAUGGGAACAUCUAGUCGACGUGGCAGCUCAGUCAGCUCUGCAGCGCGGACGACAAUGUCUAAAAUGCGACGCAAGAAGUCGGCUCUCCCCAAGCCCACGCUCACUGCGCCGUCACCGAGUCGAAUGGGCGCCGCCACACCCACCCCUGCUGCGCGUAAGCCGGUCAAGCCGGCGCCGUCACCCAUUCCCAACCGUCCGCGCUGGACCAACAGCACCAACACGAACGAUUUGUAUGUCGGCCACGUGUAUAAACCCAACCCUACUCCCCGCAAGGCUUCUGCGCCUGGCCGCACUUCGCGGCCCUCGUCGACCAUACCUAUGGGACCGUUCCGGCGCGACAUGUCGGUCUCUCCGGCACCGAUGACGGCGCGCUCUAUGAGUCGUGUUUCAAGCCGGCUGACGAAUCGCAGCCCAGAGCGCAUGGGCUCUCCUACACCUAAUCGAACUAUCCUCGAUCCCCCUCCUUACAGCAAGCUCCGGCGGCCAGACGGCAUGUCGAACGCGCCGCGCAGCCGACAGAGCUUUGCGGGGCUGUCGUUCAGCCGCAGUGUGUCGCACGACCACGAACGAAAUCUUGCCAGUCCAACGAAGACACCGCGGCCAGGCACCGCGCUGGGGCAUUCCGCGAACCGGCGGAUCAGCUUGAUCCCAUUGCCGAAGAACAACCCGACGCCUCGCAGCAAGCUCGGAGAGCGGCCGCCAUGGCGGUAA